GCAAGUGUUUGUUUUCGGGCGAGCAGAAGGAAGCGAAUGGCCGAGGCGACGACGUAGCGCCACUUGCUAAGGACGGGGCUCGCACUUCCCACCCGCGCACUCAUGCUGGACGCCACACACAACAUGGACGAGGACGUUAAAGUGCUAGAAGUGGUGUCGGACGCAGAGGAAGUGGCCGUGGAGAGCGAGCACGAAGAGGGCGAGAUCAGCGAGGACGACGACGAUGACGAAGUGGGACUCCCUGACCAGCAGCACUUCCCUCACCAUUAUCCCUCAGAUUACCACAAGGAAAGACAACCAGGAAAAAAUGCUUCAGCAACUUCUGCAGUUGUCAUAUAUGAUGACCGUGGACGUACAGCCAUUUUCACCAGUCCCAGAAAAAAUUUACGGGAUUCAGGCUCAUAUAAGAGAAGGGCAGACUCAGGAAGAAGAUGGAAGCAGGAAGAAAUGGAAAAGAGAAGGCAUAAGGAUGAUGAAGCAAGAAAGCACCAGAAAGAUAAUGGUAUGGGUAGGAAGUGGCAAAUGUUAGACAAUGAAGGUGGGGCUUCUGGAGCUUCGACCAAGAGGACUAAAUACAUACGACAGGGAUUAAGGCGACUCGGGUCCUCAACGGGAUGGGAAAGUGACAAGGUUCCAGGAGCCAAGAGUAAACAGUCUCUUGAUCAACCCAGACAUUUGGUGGGGCACAGGAGCCACACCAGCAGCUCUGACAGUGACUCCUCGUAUUGCAGCUGCUCCUCGUACUCCUCAUCCAGCCACAGUGGCAGUGACUCCCCUGUGCAGAGGCGAGGGAGAGGAAAAGAGAAUAAACGAUCUGGAACAGCAAGCAGAGCACGUUCAAGAUCACCUUCUGAGCAAGGUUUCAGUUCCACCAAGAAAAAAUUGCCUUACAAAAAAUCUUCAGAAAAGUGGCCAUCCAAGAAGUCACCUCCAUGGGCACCACCAGUCACCCAGGAUAAAGAGAGCACAAGAGCAUCCUCCCCUGUUGAAGCUGCUAGCAAAGUCUCAAAAUCAUGGGGAAAUGGCAGGAAAUCACCUCGCCCCUACAUGCGCCAUACUCUCUCUACCUCGUCUAGUAGAAAAACUGAAGUAAAGGCAAGCCACCACAAAACCAACAAAAGUAUAUCAAAAGAGAGUGUUGUAAAAAUCUGUGAUGAUGAAUCUGAAGAGAAAUGCGACAAAUCUCCAAGAGCAAAAUGUGAUACUUCACCCAAAGGAAAUGCAGAAGUUCCCCUUAUAUCAAGCCAGAAACAGCUUCCAAGGGGUAGUUUUGGAGAAAUGCUCUUAAAAAAGACACUGAAAGGCAAACUAAAGGUUUGCCCACUAGCUAACAAAACUGUGGAGAAAGGAGAAACUUCAGGAGAAGCUGGUGGUACCAAGAAAGAAGAAAUAUCAGAAAUAAGGGAAGUGUUGCAGCAGGACUGCGAUACAUUAGACCAAGAAGAUGAAGAUGAACUUCAGCUAAGAUUGAUUGCCCUUCAGUCCUCUUUGAAGGUGCUGAGUGAUGUAAGGAGAGAAGGUUGCCAGUCUGUGAACAUUGGGAAUAUAGUAGUUGACCUUUCAUUGUCUUUGCCUCAAGACAGCAUAGAGCAGCCAGUGGAAGAGGAAGAGAAAGAAGCAGCACCUAGUGAUCUUCCUGAUCAGGGAAAUAAUGAAAAUAUUGGUGAUUUUCAGGAUCAGUUACCAGAUCAUCACAUACAAUCCGAUGCAGAAAGCUCAUCACCCUUGAAAAGCAAUCAGAGUUUCGAUACAAAAUUAGAAGAAAGCACUCCAAAAAAUGAUGAGGUAGACCUUAUAUUGGAUGAUUUAAGUCAGAGCUCAACGAGAUCACAACCAGGUUCAAGCAUCGCUGGACUAGAACUGGAAUUGGAUGCCAUAUCAACAAAUAAAAGUUAUCUGGAUGAUGGUGAAGACAGUACAAGACAGCUUGUCACAAAUAUUGGAGAACAGCUGCAAAGAGAAAUUAAGGAUCUUGCUGACUCUAAUCAGGAUCCUGUUGAUAUGGAUAUAUGUGAUAGUUCUCCAAGUGAUGAAGAUGAAAGUUUGUUUGACGAAGACAUCUUGAAGGAUAUAGGAGAAGACAUCUCUUUGGAUAAGGUGUCUUCGCCUGACCCAUCAACUGGUUCUAACAUAGGGUCACAAGCAAAGAAUUAUCCAGUGCCUGUUCUAGAUCCAGGAGGACAGGAAAGUUUUCAUCAUAACAGUAGCAACAGCACCAAAAGUAGUAGUAAUAAUAACAGUAAUAGUAAUUUCCAAAUCCCAGUGGAAUGGGCCUAUAUGAUGCCACCUCCUCCCCCACCUGACCAGCCACCCAAUGAUAUUAGUAACAUCAAUAAUUGGUGUUAUGAUCAGAACAUGUAUCUCCAGACCAUGCAGUCUUCCUAUGAUUCAAAUGAGCAGUAUCAGCAGUACAAUUCAUAUGGUACUCCCACUUCUGACUGGGGACUGCAGCCUCAGCAACCUACACAGUGGAAUGAAUCAAAGCCAGAGAAUUAUGAAAACAUAUCUGAACAAACAGAAAACAUGCAAGAGAAUGCUGAAACACCAGCUUCUCCUGAGCAUGCAACUAGUAAAACCCUCACACCUGAAAAAGAAGAACCAAAGCCAGACAACAGCCCACAGGAAGAUUUAAAAGAUCUUCCAGCAGAACACUACCAAGCCUUCAUGUCUGCAGUGCUUAACCAGCAGAAGACUCGGCAGAAGAACAGCGGCACACAAAGAAACUUAAUUGAAGUGCAGUUAAUCAAAUAUGGCAAUUCAUCCAAUAUCCAGGCUGAGGCUGUGAAAAAGGCUUCUUCAGGUGCUGGUACCAGUGGGGGAGCUGUGCUGCAGGUGAACAAAAGAUCAAGGGCUAGAAGGAGGAAACGAGAAAGACAGAAAGAAAAAAUAAAGCAGCUUAAACAGUUGAAGGCACAAGAAAAAUUGGCAAAGGGAAAGGAAUCCAUUGUUCAGAGUUAUCUCCAACCGGGACUUGAUUCAGUGCCAAGUGUUUCUGAAGAUGAAGAUGAAGACCUCCUAAGGGCACAGCUUUUAAUUGACCUUUCUCGAAAGAAGAACCAAAAACAGAUAGAACCUGUGGUAGAACUUCCAAAAUCAUCUCUUUCUGAUUAUCAAACAGUGACUGUAAAAGACAUCCAAGCUGCCCAGGAUAGGUUUGAUUCUCAUUCUUCAAGCUACAUGGGCCACGAAAGCACACCACCUCUGAGCUACCCCUCAUCACUGGACUCUUGUCCGAGGUUGAGACCAGUGAGCAAGACAGCUAUUGUGAAGAUGCAUCAACAUCAGGCAAGGUUUAGAGAGAAUAGCCCAACUCAUAAAGUGAAGGUCAGCUUGAGACAUGGCUUGUCUGAUAUAGGUGGCUUUGGCUUAGAUCCAAAGAACAGUAGAUAUGAUUAUCCCAUUCCAAAAGACAAUCACAGCCAGAAAGACAUGCCCAAGUUUAAGUUUCCUAAUAUCAAGCCUGUUAUUAUCAAUUUGGAAUCUGAUUCAGAUGAUGAGAAUGAAGAUGGUGAGGAGAGCUGCCAAGAUAAAGCCACUGAUGAGCCACAACCUUCAGGCAGUGGUGAAGGUGAUGGAGUCUUAAGCUCAAGCAUAGAUCUUUUGCUUAAAAGUAUGAGGAAUGCCAACAAGCCAGAGAAAAACACCAAAUCAAGCACCCAAGGGAAAAAAGGAUCAGCCCUCACAAAGAAAACCCCUGUACGAAAAGCUCCUCAGUCGUACAGCACUCCAAAUGUGGUGCGUCAUCUUAGUCGAACACAGCAGGUUGAAUAUCGUAGGCUAAAGGAACAACUCAGAGAAAAGGAAAUGCUUCAGAAGAAGCGACAGGAACUGCUUCUACGGCAGAAAGUACUCCAGAAGAAAAUGGCUUCUGCUGCAAGAAUUUCUCCUGAGAGCCCUCACUCAGGGGACAAUGGAGGGGAAAUGAGUGAUGGAGGGGCUGCUAGAGACCUGCCAUCAGUAAACAUUCCACAGGUUAAAAGUCAGACUCCCUCAAGGACAGAAGAGGAACACUGUGACCAAGCUGGUAAUGGGGGUAACCUUCAGAUUCAGGGGGAGACCCCACCACUACCACAUUCUGUUUUGCAAGACACAAGAGAAGUGAUUUUAAAAGAAACAGGUGGUUUGCAGAUACAGCUUGCAAAUGUCAAUAGAGAUAAAGAUUUAGGAAGCAGUACAGUAAGUGCAGAUGAAAGUUGCCAAGGUGGGUCUGGCACUGUGAAAAGUGUGGAGAUGAGGAGAGAGAGAGAUUUUUCAUGUGCAGGUUCUCCAGUUGAGGACGAAGAUGAAGAGAUGCUUAGGUUGAUGGUACUUAAAACACUCCAGAAAAAAGUAAAUGACAAAGCAAAAUCAAAUGAUGAAGAAACUUGUGAAAGUGUAGAUGCUGAUAGUAAAAGUGAAAAGAAUGAUGGGUCAUACAUGUCAUCAAAUUCAGAAAUACUGAAGGUUGUCAUACGUCAAAGUAUAGAUGAUGUGCCAACUAAUGAAAAGGAAACAAGGAAAAGGCUGUAGAAGUGGCUGCUCGCAGUGUUGUUAUUGAAAAUCAAACUGAUUUGCUCGAAAAUAGCAAAG